AUGCAUAUAGUAAAGCGCAUUGCCCGUGUCUGCGAUGCGUGUGCACACAUAAAGACGCAAUUCAGCGUAUCGUUAACGAUAAAGACGGUGAGCGUAAACGAAGGUGGACGUGCGGUGCGUGGCGUCCGACGAGUGAAUUUCAGGCUUCCUUUGUUUACGUGGGGCGAGGCCGGCGCGGGUCGGGAGCGCUCGGAGGGGAAGGGGGUGCGGCUGCGUGCUGUUCAAGGUCAAGAGCGUCGGGCGUCGGCUCGCUGCACCGGCGCGCCGGCGACUGGACAUUCGCGGGCGGCGCACGCCCAGGGACCGGUUUCACUCGUGACACGGAGAGAGCGGGACACGUCGGGCGCACGGCCGGAGCCAGCCCUAGACUGUAGCUCGUACUCACCCUGGAGGCGCCGCUCCUGCAGCUCGAUGAAGCGUGCCGCCUCGAGCAGCGUGUCGAGGAGGCUCAUAUCGACAUUGAGCGGGCGCCUCGCGGUCCAGGCGCGCCCGCUGUCACGCCGCGACUGGCCACGCGCGCCUCUCGCCGCUCACGUGGCCGAGCCGGGUCAUCCAAUGGCGGCGCAACGCGAGUGUCACGUGACUGGAGCGCUGCACCAAUCACAGCCCGCCGGCCGCGCGACGUAG